AGCGGUCUCCGUGCCGAAGUGACCGCUCUCGUUCAAAACCCUACCCCUCUCCCUGUUUCGCAGCGGUUUUUGCUUCGCUUUUUUUCCAACAGACAAACAACACACUCUCUCUCGUGUUUGUUCGCCAGAAACCCUAAACGAUGGAUCGGUAUCAGAGGGUGGAGAAGCCGAAGCCUGAGACACCUAUUAACGAGAAUGAAGUUCGCAUUACCACUCAGGGAAGGAUGAGGAACUACAUUACCUAUGCCACCACUCUGCUCCAGGAGAAGGGAUCUAGUGAAAUUUCUCUCAAGGCCAUGGGCAGAGCUAUAAACAAGACUGUGAUGAUUGCUGAAUUGAUCAAGAGAAGGAUCGCUGGUCUUCAUCAGAACACUUCAAUUGGUUCUACUGAUAUAACUGACAUGUGGGAGCCACUGGAGGAGGGCCUUCUACCCCUGGAAACUACACGUCACGUAUCAGUGAUUACAAUUACCUUGUCCAAGAAGGAGCUAGAUACAUCCUCAACAGGCUAUCAACAGCCUAUUCCGGCUGACCAAGUGAGACCAUGGAUUGAAAAUGAUUAUGAAGGAGAGGGGGACUCUCCUGGAUUCCUAGGCAGGGGGCGUGGUGGUCGCGGGAGGGGUGGAGGCAGAGGGUACAAUAACAAUGGAGUAAUGGAGUAUAAUGGUGAUGGUGGGCGUGGAUAUGGUGGCAGGGGCCGGGGUUGGGGUAGAGGCCGGGGCUACCGUGGACGUGGAAGAAGCUACGGAGGAGGAUACAUGCAACAACGAUCAGGUGGUUAUGGUGACUAUGCAGGAGGGAUGCCUAACACUCAAGUCGGUGGUCAAGGGCGUGGACGUGGCAGAGGCAGGGGCCGUGGGCGUGGUCGGGGUUUCAGAUCAGAUGGUCCAGUCCAGGCUGUCGUCUAAGCCCUAUAACAAGGUGUAGAAUCUGAUUUAGGAUACAUGAAGGUCUGGAUGCCUGCUCUGCUGGUUGUCUUUUUCUAGGUAGAAACUAGGGAGUGAAAAUGAUUAGUGGAUUUCACUAAAAAAAAAAGAUCUAGUUAUAUUAGUUCACAGUUGGCUACCUCAUAUCUUGUCGUCGGCCGUGUGUUUUUGUAGUUCAAACAGUAGGAUGAUUGCUAUUUAUUCUGAGGAAUCUGUGAAAGUGUACACAACUUUUUUUAAAAGUCUCAAUCUAGGAAAUAAUAGAGCAGUACAUUCGUUGAUUCGAUUCUCUAAUACAACGUUCUUUGUUGUCAC